UAGCUAAUUACUAUGGGCCAGAUGCUGCUACCAUUUCUCAAAGUAGGUGAAUGAAGCCAGUGACAAAACUCCCACUGAUUUCAGUGAAGCCAAGAUUUCACCCACUGAAUUGUACCUUAUUUGGGAUAUGAUCCAACACCCUCGUAAAUCAAUGGGAGUCUUUCUAUUAAUGUCAAUGGGGUUUGGAUCAGACCUUCAGUAAGCAGUCCCAUUAGUAUAACAGAUGACCAAAUAUUAUCCUUAAGAGCAGUUAUCAAGGCCCUCUUAUGUUCAUAGGCACCUAAGUUCCAGUGGGGAGAUAGGUGAUGUUCUUAAUUAUUGGUACAUUACUAACUCAUCUCACAUUUCUAUAACCAAGCUUUAUUCAGUAUUUCCUCUCUCCCUCUCCAGAUAUUGUUCUCAUUGAUUGCAAUGCUCAUGAGAACCUUCCCCCCUUACCUGCGCAGGAAUUGGUUUUCCAAGCAUUGCUAAAAAGUGAUCCUAUCGGUUAACAGCUCUGACUUUCCUGUGGAGGAGCAAGGUUGGCUCCACUCAUGGCAGGCUUUGUUAUCAAUGUUAUCAUGUGGGAAUUAGCCACUUGGUCUGCUGAUAAGGUAAGGGCCAUUUUAACAGCAAACAUUCAGCUCUUAGUUCCUUUUUCUCACUCUGUGCCUGUGAAGUGCAGUAGGUGCAGGAUGAAGACGCUGUGGCUUUCAUUCCUCAUUUUACCAUUUCUCUCGAGUCUUGGAGCAGAGGAUGGCAUAGGCCCAAAAGAAACAAAGCCAAAGAAAGCCAGACUCCCCAAAAUCAAAGAGGAGAACAACAUUCUGGUGCUGAAAAAGAGCAACUUUGACAGAGCACUGAAGGAAACUAAGUAUCUGCUGGUGGAGUUCUACACUUCUUUAUCUGGACCAUCUCAGAUUCUGGCUGAAGAAUUUGCAAAAGCUGCGGGGCAGCUUAAAAAAGAAGCUCCUGCUAUCAGAUUUGGCAAAGUUGAUAUCACAGACCAAAAAGAUCUGAAAAAAGAAUUUAACAUUCAAGAGUUUCCGACUGUGAAGUUCUUUGUGGAUGGUGAUAGGAAAAAUCCUAUAGAUUGCAAAGGAGUCAGAGAGGCCUCUGCAUUUAUUACCUGGGUGAGAAGACGAAUAGGACCCAGCACUGUAGUUAUCAAUAGCACUGACCAAGCUGAAGCUAUCAUCAACUCUGAAGAUUUGGCAGUGAUUGGCUUUUUUAAGGAACUUCACGGUGGAGCAGUGGAAGUUUUCUAUGAGACUGCGAGAGACGUGCCAGAGCUGCCUUUCGGGGUGACGGCCAGCGAGGAGGUUUUUGUGAGCUAUGGUAUCCGAGAGAACACCAUUGCUGUGUUCAAGAAGGGAAAACCUGUACAUAAUGAAGUGUCUGAAGAUGGCAAGCAGAACAAAGUGGCUCUUACCAGAUUAAUUAAAACUUUUACCAUGGAUUUGGUCACAGAGUAUAAUCUUGAGACAUCUGUGAAGAUUUUUGACAUCCCUGUUGAAAAUCACAUCCUACUGUUCACCCCUAAGAACUCAGAGACAUUCAACAAGACUUAUGAAGAUUACGAGUCUGCUGCUGUGGAAUUUAGAGGAAAGAUAAUGUUUAUCUUGGUGGACACAAAUGAAACCAGAAACGGGCGCGUUUUUGAGUAUUUUCGCAUCACUGAGGUAGACGUCCCUGCAGUGCGAAUCUUAAACCUGACAAGUGAUGCAAAGUACAAAAUGCCUGCAGAUGAGGUGACCGUGGAGAAUCUAAGAAGCUUCUGUCACAGCUACCUCGGUGGGAAAGCAAAGCCCCAUGUAUCUAGUGAAGAAAUUCCAGAGGACUGGGACAAGAAUCCUGUUAAGGUGCUUGUUGGAAAGAACUUCAACAGGGUCGCCUUUAAUAAGACCAAGAAUGUGUUUGUACUGUUCUAUGCACCUUGGUCCCAUGAUUGUAGGAAACUCUUGCCAAUUUGGGAUGAGCUGGGCAAGAAAUAUGAACAUCAUGGAAAUAUAGUAAUUGCCAAAAUAGACUUCACAGCAAAUGACAUCCAGUUAGUUAUGCUGGACCGCUAUCCAUUCUUUAGAUUCUUUCCCGUUGGAUCCAAUAACCAGGUUGUGGUAUAUGAUGGGGAAUAUACCCUGGAGGCUUUUGCUGAAUUCUUAGAAAAACAAAGCCAGCCAAAAGCAGAAGCAACCAAAAAGCCUCCUUCUGGAGAAAGCAAAGAGGAUCUCACUGAGGAAGAGACUGUCAUAAAACAGAAGGAAGAACUUUAACUCCAGAGUGAAGGGGAAAGAUUCCAUAGGAGGAUAUCCUGAAGAUGAGGAUGCUCCACACUAUGAGAACUUUGAUCACAUCAUGAGAAUAUAAGGAUGCAUCAAAAAUAAAUAAAGAAAGA